GGUCUGGCUCGAGGAGGAGGAGGAGGGCUGAGAGGGAGCCGAUUUAUAGAAGAACGGUGCACUUAUUUGAUGAGAGAAUGUCUUUUUCUUGCGGCCAGUCUCUGGACGGCAGCUGUCCUCCGUCUCCGCUGGAGGACAGGAGCUCCAAGCGGCUGUCCUGGAGCAGUCUGCUGCAGAAGGUGUCCGAUCUGCAGGGACUCGAUCAGCUGGGCAGCAGCACUGAAACCGGGUCUUCAGCCGACAUGUCCAUGGAUUCAGACACCAGCUCCUUGUGGUAUUCUCUGGAGGAGAACAUCGCUACAGAGGUGAUGGCAACAAUCACACAGAGCCUAUACGAGUCUUCACAUGUCCUAGGCUGCUUCAAACUCAUCUUACCAGACUGUCUGCUCCACAACAUCAGCCAGGAGCUCAUUCACUUAGCUGACAGUGAGCCAUGUGGCCUCAGGGGGGCGCUCAUAGACUUGUGUGUUGAGUCUGGGGACCAGGGGCUGCUAUGCACUUUGGAUCAAAUUGCAGUGGAUGCCACUUUGGUCCCGACCUUCCACGUGACCCUGGUUCUUAGACUGGAGUCUGGAGGACUGUGGCAGAAAGUUCAGAAACUCUUUAAAGAUCCAAAGUCGUCACAGACACACGGGUCACGUGCAAGAGCCCGACACAGUCUGAGACUGAAAACCACCUUCAGGGCUAUCAAAAGGAAACUAUACAGUUCAGGAGAGCUGCUGGUUGAGGAGUGCUAAUGA